GUCGUGAGGAAUUAGUUAUAAUAGAUUUUGAUGAACUUUUCAAUAAAAAACAACAGGAAACAAAUCCUAGCUUUUUAUCGAAGAAACCAAAAAGCUUCGCCUCUGACAUCACAUCCUCUUUUCUCUUCCGUUCUUCACCACCGCUGUAAUCGCCUCCGACAUCUCCUCCGAGGAUAUCAAACUUUUUGCUGAACCCCUUCUCCUCCACCGUUCAUCUCCUCCGAGGAUACCAUUCCCUUUGAUCACUAUAUCAACGUAAAAUUCAUUGGUUGUCUGAUCUGGGAGUUCAAUCUCAAUCUUAUUACCACUAGAUAAUCUCUUUUGCAUAAACUGUAUUUCAAAAUCUUUGUGCUUUUAAGUCAAAAAAAAAAAAAUCCUUUGUGCUUUUUGUUCUCAGUUUUUAUUCAAGAAGUUUUUGGAAUAAAGAAAUCUGGUGGUGAUAAGAAGAGAGUUGAGUACGUGAAGCAAAGGGCUGUUGGGAAAAAAUCAUGGAAGUUGUUGAGAUCAAGCAGCGAAAUCUGGUUGAAGAAAAUCAAACUCCAUUGAACUUUUUAUGUUCCUUUCAUAAAUAUUCUCCAUAGAUUACGUGCUGAGUCGUUACUAAACAGAAUUUGGUUACCUAGAUUUUCUGAAUAUCAACAAUUUCAUAUUUUAAAAUGGUCUGUGUCUUAUCUCGAAGAUAUCAACAAGUUUCUCUAUAUAAACAGUUUACAGCAAAUAGCCUAAGACACACCCAAACAAAGAUGCAACUUAUAAAGAAAAAUCACUCUGCAAACUGAAGUGUCUUACUGUAUGCGAGUAUCUUACUGUUCCGUACGAUCUCCCUAUCGCCACUAUGGAUAACAUAUUAGUUGUAUGAAAAAGGAAACGUGUUGAGGGCAAUAGAUACUUUCAAAAGGUCAAAAUUUGCCACAAGCAGAAAUUUCCACAAAGUCUUAAGGGCAAUAAAUACAAUUGCUCCAAGUUUGAUGGCCAAACCCAAACUCACGGUACCUGCGAAAAUCAGAGAAAGUACAAGAUUGUAUCCUUAUUUUAAGGAUUGUUUAGGAGCUAUUGAUGGUACUCAUAUACCAGCUGUAGUACCAAACCGUGUUGCUCCUAGCUACCGCAAUCGAAAAGGAGUAAUAUCACAAAAUGUAUUGGCUGUUUGCAAUUUUGAUUUGGAAUUCAUAUAUGUUCUUAGCGGAUGGGAGGGCUCAGCUCAUGAUUCAAAAGUAUUAUAUGAUGCUUUAACGAAGAGAACUAAUAAAUUUGAAGUUCCACAAGGAAAAUUUUAUCUAGCUGAUUGUGGAUUUGCUAACAGACGCAGUUUUUUGGCUCCUUUUCGAGGUACUAGAUAUCAUCUUCAAGAUUUUACUGGCCAAGGUUGUGAUCCCGAAACUCCACAUGAAUUGUUCAACCAUCGCCAUGCCUUCUUAAGAAACGUGAUUGAAAGGAUAUUUGGAAUAUUCAAAUCACGAUUUCUAAUAUUUAAAUCUGCUCCUCCAUUUUCUUUCAAAACACAAGCAGAAUUGGUAUUGGCUUGUGUAGCUUUACAUAAUUUCCUUCGCAAGUAUUGUCGCUCAGAUGAGUUUCCUGUUGAAGAUCCCAAUGAAGCUACCAGUACAGGCAAUAAUGCAAGAGAUGAUUCAGAAAAUAUUGAAGAAAUUUUAGAGACACAAGAUCAAGAAAGAGAAAGUGCUAAUAUCUGGAGAGAAGCAAUGGCUGAAGAAAUGUGGAAAGAUGCAACUAUUUAGUUUUUUUUAAUAAUAACUACUUAGUUUAUUUAUUUGCAAAAGAUAUUCUAAUAAUAAUUUGUAUUCUUUUUAUUUUCUUAUUUGGAAACGAAUUCCACCAAAAUCCUUCACAAUAAUAAAUGUUACUUUCAAACCAUUCAAUUUUAAUUCCACUAAAAUCCUUCUCAU